GCCGGGCAAAAAGAGUUUGUUACUUGUAUGCAAAGAAGAUAUGGAGGGUGAUAUAUCACCCUCAGUCGAAGUCUACAGUACCUGUACAAGUACGGCCUGCCUAUUACAGAACAACCGCGCUUUGCUUGUGGUCUAGAGGCAUGUGGCGCCUCGCAUGGUUGGCAUGUACUUUUCUGUACAAGUCCGCAAGUCCGUACGGAGAACGGAGUAUUCACUACUCGAAAAUCCUGGUUGCGCUAGCCGACAGAAGAAGUGAUAUGAGAUUAUAUGUAAUGAGGUGUGAUGUGAUGGGUUGAGUAAUUGUCAUACUCUGGAUACCGAAUACCGGGAUAGAGGUGCUGUGCUAGCUAUGCGCGGUGCAUGCUUAGUGCGUUAUGUACGAGUGGUAUGGUGUUUGUCUUUGAUGGAGUACUUCUGCUUGUACUUUGGACUGAUUUCGUGCCGAGGUUGGGUCGAGUUGAGGGGAGAGACGGUGUACUUGGAGGUGAACAGGUGUGUAUGUAUGUCUUAGUUGUGAGUAUGGGAGUAUGGUCUCGUGAUGUUUUAGUUGAUUCUCGAGUUCGUUCUGACAUUCUACUAUACUCCGUACAAGUACUCGGCGCAACGGAAGAAAUACCCAUCUCGAUAUCAAAUGGAUAUAUCACCACCAUUUUAUCUAGCAGAACUGACAGCCAUCUUAUCAAUAUCAGCCCGCUCGACACAAACCACAUACCUACCGCCAAUCUCUCUGCAGUGUCCCACCAAGGCAUACCCCCGCGCAGAGACUGCAGUAGCCAAAGUACGGUGAAGAUGCGAGGCAUGCUACUCUGUCUGCUCUGCGGAGACAACAGUAAAAAGCGAGUAGAGGUGAAAUAUAAUAUCUUGAUGCCUAGUCGGUCGGUUACAUACUAGUGUGGACUGGGUAUGUCUGCAGAAUUGAUCGAGUUUCACCUCACCUCUACUUGAGUCUGCAGAAUGCUAUCUACCAUCAUCGAUUAUCAUGAUUAUUGAUGUAUGCACGACAACAUCUCUGUAAAUCCCUACACUCGGCCGUAUGGGGU